CAAAGCAGUAGUAGUUGUAGGUACAAAGGGAAAUGAAUAUUGCAACUAGUCUGUUUUCUUCUUUCUUUUCCCAAAUCUCAGGCAGUUAAGCCGACAAAUUUCAAAACGUCAUAGGCAUCUCAGCGUCACAAACUCUAAGCACACGCGAAUCCCAGUUUUCGUUUUCUGUUGUACGAAGUUGUUUGUUUGUAUAGGCAAUGAGUUAACAACUGAUUGCGCUCCUUUUUCGUCAGUAAAAGUCCAAAUGUCGGUUGAGGGAUAUCCCCGGAUGAGUGUCCUUUCUGACUUCGACAUUGGGAAGAAGCUUGGUCGUGGGAAGUUUGGGACUGUUUUCUUAGCCAGAAAGAAAACAUCACACUUUCCGUGUGCAAUAAAAGUUAUUUUCAAGAAGCAAAUAGUGAGAUGCGAGAUGGAGCACCAGAUACAACGUGAAAUUGAAAUCAUGUGCCACUUGCAGCAUCCUAACAUUCUACAACUAUAUACUUACUUUCAUGACCACAAGCGGAUAUAUUUGGUUCUGGAGUAUGCUUUUAAUGGACAGAUGUUUAAUGAGCUUCGAAGACUGAGACGCUUUAGUGAGACACGUUCGGCUACUUAUAUUUACCAGCUCUGUGAUGCUUUGAUGUACUGCCACAAAAGGAAAGUGAUUCACCGUGACAUAAAGCCUGAGAACUUGCUCUUGGGUUUGUAUCAGGAGCUUAAACUGGCAGACUUUGGAUGGGCAGUACAUGCUCCAUCAUUGAGGAGAAGAACACUUUGCGGGACAAUAGAUUAUUUGGCUCCAGAAAUGGUUUGUGGGACUUCUCAUGAUGAACGUGUAGAUCACUGGACCGUUGGUAUUCUGUGUUACGAGAUGCUGUGUGGCAAACCUCCAUUCGAACAUCCUAGUACUCAAGACACUUAUGCUUGUAUCAAAGCCGUGAAAUAUACAUUCCCUUCUGAGAUAACACCUUUGGCACAGGAUCUGAUUUCCAAGAUCCUCAAACGUUAUCCAACUGAUCGCCUGUCCUUAGAAGGUAUCAUGUCUCAUCCGUGGGUCCAACGUUGCGCCAAUAAACAAUCAUUUCGUCAUACUGGUACAUCGAAACCGAAGCAAUAACGUUUGAAUUUCUAUUUGAUUAUUUCUAUGCAUUUUAAUAUAAGUGACUUUUUUCUCAUUGCCUUUAGCUUAUCUUUACAUUGUGUACAAGCUGACUAUUAUUUUCUAGUGAACCACCUGACUAUACAGUUGUUUGGAAUACCUCAAGUUAUUAUAUGUUGCAUAACUGGCAGUGAAAUGUAAUACGAUUUCCGUUGUGUUUAACCUUAUGCGUCAUCGAGCACUUGUGUAUUAAUGAUAUGUAGAAUUUACAGUUAGGAGUCUAAGUGAGUCUUUGCCCUGUAUAAUUUUAACUGAAGAAAGAAGUCAGAUAGAAAUCGUGAUGAAUCUCAUCUUUGAAUGUUAUUAAUUAACAGGAAGGGGAUUUUGAAAUAAUAGAAAAGAUUUGUAACUCAGGUGGAUGAUUUGCAAUUAAUA